GUUACGGCCUCGGAACUGGUAACGGGUAACGGGGCACCAACUGCAGUUUCAAAAUGGGGGCGUUAGCAGCGCCGUAGUUGUGGCUGCAACCCAGGAGCCGCCGCAGCAGCCGCCGGGUCGACGACGGGCCGGGCGGUGGCGACAGCUGUGGAACCGCAACUGCGGGGGUGGGAGACGGUGGCGGCGGAGGAAGCACAGCGGAACCCUAACAUUGUGAGCACCGAGGCUGCUGCCGGAUGAUGAUGGUGCUGCAGCUGCUGCUGCAGCUGGUGCUGCUGCCAGGGACUUACCCCGGUAUGACAGUCCUAACCCGGCGCCACUCCUGACGCCACGCCCCGCCGGUUGUUCAGUCUCUCUGCUGGUUGUGACGGUUGGGAGCGGCCGCGAUGCAGUUUAGCAGAGCCGUCGCCCCUGCUGGAUUGACGGUGCAUGCGCGGUGCGCCAAGCGUGCACACACCUUGCACCCAUGUGCGGCUGUGACCCAUGGGUCGCAGGGACGACUGCGGUGAUGGAAUGGCAGGCGGGAAAGCGGCUGCCGAACUGGAGGACGGAACACGACCCACCCACACCUCCCCAAUCCCUCGCCUCUUACAACUACGUGUUAUAUACCGAUCCAAUGUUCCCAUCCUACCCCUUUCCGCCUGCCUCUCCCUCACCUCUUCCCUCCUCUUCACCCGUCCCAGGCCGUAUACGUGCGCACGCACAAGAACGUGCUGCUCUCCAUCAAUCCGCGCACCCGCAUCCCGCGCACCAUCAAGCGCUUCUCCGGCCUCAUGGUGCAGCUGCUGCAGAAGCUGAGCAUCCGGGCAACAAACGGACCCGACAAACUCAUGAAGGUGAUCAAGGGCCCGGUCACCAAGUACCUUCCGCUCCAGUGCCGCCGCCUGGGCUUCUCCUUCUCCGCAGCCAAGCGGGUCGCUGUCCACGACUACGUGGCCCAGCUGGAUGACGUGGCCACGGGCUGCGUGGCGUUCGUGGUGGGGGCGUUCGCGCACGGCCGCAUCGAGGCGCCGUACAUUGACGAGGAGCUGAAUGUGAGUGAGUACCCGCUGAGUGCGGCGUACUGCAUCAGCCGGAUCACGAAUGCGUUUGAGAUGAAGUGGAAGAUCGUGUAAGGAGGCGGCAGCGGGGAGGCGGGGUGGCGGGAGGAAGGGUGGGUAGGCGAGGGAUUGGAUGAGUGUGAUGUACAGGGUUUGAAUGAUCGGGUGAGAUGCGGGGUGGGGCGUGGACGGGGAGGAGGAGAAACGGAGGGACUGGCAUCCGUUACAUGUGCAGUAGCGGCAGGGGGUUGAGGACCUGGCGGGGUUGAGGAGAGGUGAGGAGAUGUUAGGUUGCCAGGUCAGGUUAGGGAUCUUAGGUGAGGUCAAGGAAGCGAGCCGCGAGGCAGAGUAAACCUGGCGGUGGGGAACGUUCCGGAGUAGAAAAGUGAGCUCCGUGAGCUCGAGACACAGCCCCUACCUUCUGAUGGUAAAGUUGAAGAUAGUUACAACGUCUACAUAGGCUCAGCACAGCCGGACAUCAGGCCUUACACAUAUGGUAGCGUGCUAGCAAUUGACGAACUGUGGGGGGUGGGGCAUGGAUCGCACUAGUGCCUUUGUGCUUGCGAGGAGAGGGUGGAAGGUCACUACCAUUGCCCCAGAGUUGUCGGCAAAGCUCUGAGCACUGCCGACCCUGCCGUGUGAUGUGGUGGCGCGACAAGGGGGGCCAGUCGUGAGCGAGGAACAGCGACCAUGUAAGGCGCAAACAAGCCUGAGACCCAUGGGUCAGCUGAGGUAAUUUCACUGCUCUCGGUUGAUGUGUCGCUCUGCAUAUUUCGCGACGCACACAUGCUACUGGCAGGCGCGGGGAUAGUGGAUAAUAGUACAACAGCCGCAUAUUGAGCGCGUAGUGAAACAAUGAAGGAGGCCCUUCGUGCAUUCCAGGAUGCGCAAUGUUUGAAUGUGUGUGGAUGUUUGAAUCAGUUGAUUCCUACGUCACCGCUCAUAAACGACAGUCGUACAACACAUCUCCUCUUCCUCCUGUGUACAUACUGCGAGCAUACUGGGUACAUCAUAUGCAUCACACCUAGCCACCUCAACCGAUCAUAUGGGUCUUGGACGACUCAUCUUCUCCACACGUACGUUCCAGUACGUCCAUUCCAGUGCUGCCACCGUACAUCGCCGUACAUUACAAGUCGUACCGUCAUUGCCGUACAUCGUUUUCACGGUUUUUCGUUUCUUGUCAUCUUCCUCAUUUUCGUUUUGGGAUUCUUUUCGUUUGUCGGGUUCGAGGAUUCCUACGGACCGUCAAGGGCAACUACCCCCAAUCCAUCCUCCUCCCAUAAACACUGCUUCCCC